GUUGACGGAAAUGAAAUGGCGAUCAAAACAAAAACUUUAGAAACAGCUUUUAACCGAUUAUACAUAGAGAUCUAAUUAUUUUAAAAAGUUAAAAUUAUGAAAAUGUCUUCGGAGGUGGAUCAGUUAACGGAUGAUUUGAAUCAAGGACUAUCAUCAGAGGAUGCUGAGCUUUCACUUCAAGAUGAUACAGAACAACUUGCCAGCUCAAUAUCAGGAACAUUGACUUUGUCAUCAGCAGCCACUUCGAACAGUGUCUUAUCAAAUAGCCGAGAGAACAAUUUAAGAAUAUUAGAAGAAGAUUUCGAUUCUAUGGGAUUAGAUGAACCUUUCAAUUUAAGAUUUGAUGUUAUCGCAGCUAAUAUUGUAAGAGAAGGACCAAGUAAAUUUGUCGUAUAUAGUAUCUGCUUAUUUGAGUCAGCAAGAGAAAGACCUCAAAAUAUCACAAUUGAACGGAGAUAUUCACAGAUAGAGAGACUUAACCAAUCAUUAAGGAAGCGUUUCCCUCAUGUAAUGACACAUAUUGCAUUUCCUGAGAAACAUUUUAUUGGAAAUUUUCGAAAUCAAGUUAUAGCUAGUCGUAGUCGAGCAUUCGAGCAAUUUCUUACGCAUGUAUCAAGUAUAGACAAUCUGAGACAAUCAGAUGAAUUUAAUCGUUUCUUCUAUGGAUCGGAUUUACGAAAGGCUUGUAAACUUAUGAAAAUAGAACAUUAUAAGGAAGCAAUUCCUUUGCUUCAAUCAGUAGCUGUAUUGCAAAGAAAAUUGAUAGGCGGAACAAGUUUUCUUUUCCAAACAACUUUAUCUGCAAUUGUUGCUUGCUGCAGCGAAGCUGAAGAAAACGAUUUAGGAGCUCACUAUGCUAGGCUUGCUUUGAAGUCUAUAAACAAUAAUUGUAAUUGCCCUCUCUUGCCUCCUCUGUUGGAAACUACUAUUAGAAUUUACUGGAAAUCUGGGGAGGAAAAGAGAGAACUGGAGGAAGAGCUAAAAAGUUUACAAGAUCGGGGUGUAACAUCAAAAAUUCGAAAGCUUCAUGAAAUAAGUUUGGAGCAUCUGAUUUGUCAAUUGGAAGAGAAAGUUGCUAAUGUUGUCUAA